GUGUAAGAGUAUGUUUGUGUGUACGUAUGUGUCUGCUUUUUUUCCACUGCCUUUGUUUUGGGUUGUUAUGUUUAAGGACUAGCAGUGUUCGAUCUCUGACUGGAGUGUGUGUUUGUCAGUUGAUUGUAUGCUUCAACAUGAAGGUUCAUGAACUUGUGUGGUAUCAGUGUGUGUGUGUUUGUAUGUGAUUAUGGGAUCUGGAUUCACACGACAGGAUCAAACAAUGAUUUUUGAGACUCCAUCAUUGAACCAGUUGUGUCUCGGCACAAAUGGAGCUGUUUUUUUAAUUUGUAGAUUUUCUGGAGCAAAUAAGAACGCAUCUGUGGGCAUUAAUUAGUGGCUGUAAAGUACUUCAUGAUGUAAAGCGGUUCUGCAUUGCUACAGAGCUUUAGGGUUUUGCUACUGCUGUUUCCCACUCAGGUCUUUGCUUAUUUCAUUUUCUGCUUUGUAAUGAGACUCAGAUGUCAGGGUGUUUACCACAGGGCCAGAAUCACCCACAUGUUGUUUAAUUAGCAGCAAAUGGGCCAAUGGCAUGGGGACAUUUUUCUUCUGAGCCUCUAUCAAUGGCAGAUUCCUUCAAGUUCUGGCAUGAAGAAAUGGUUGCUCAAAAAAAAAAAGAACAAGAAAGAAAAAAAGUUGAAAAGAACAUAGGUAAACACAUUCAGCAGCAGGUUAUACCCCAUGCCUUUAUGUAGAUUUUCACUCCCUUCCUGAAAAAGACCAAAUUUAACACCAACUUUGUUGGCCCUGUGAUUCAACAUGAAACUACAAGAGGUUAGGGGUCAGACGUGUAGGAUGGGACAGGGAAGAAUUGGUAGAGGAACAGGAAGUGUAAGGGUCAGGGCAAGUAGAGCAGCAGGGGUGAAGGGACGGAUAGAUCUGUGGAUGAAAGGAAGACAUUCCAGCUCCACAGGUUUGAACUUGACCUAAAGACAAAGGUGAGAAAAAAAGCUAGCUACAAAAACCUGCAGCUUGUCCGCAAAGACAACAGAUGUAUGAUUAUCUUUUAGAUUUCCUGAACAGUAGUACUUAAAAAAACGUCAUUCUAUAUCUUCAUCAUUUUGCCUUCAUUUAUGUUUCCUUUAAUUUGGUUUAGUUUAUUUUACAUGAACCAUGAAGUUCAACAUGAUGUUAAUGAAGUCAAACAGAACCAACAACAAAGCUCUUCACUCAGUGGAAUAGAACAGUUCAUGUGAAUAUGAAUAAUAAUUUAGAUGAUCUGGAUUCCAUUUGUGAAACAUCUGCAGCUUUCCAUUUCCAUGGAUUAGAAAAUCACAGAGUAUUCCAUCGGAGCGCCGCCUCACCACACACACAAUCCCAUUUUCUUCCAAAUUUCCACUCUAAGACACCACAGUGAUUUCCACAGUGCUGGAAAAGCCAUGAUUUCCCAUCACAGCUCGAUGUAUGUGCUGCUAAUUCUAUAGUCCACAGCCACAUGUCACCCAGUGAUUACAGUUCUGUGUGAAGAUUCUGCAGCACUCUUCUGCCAUGAUUACAAAUUUUGUGUUUGUGUUACGCCUUUUCCCAGUGGUCAGCCGUGGCGGCGGCAGGACAGUCGGCAGUCGGGCGGUGGCUGAGCGGUGACAGCAUCACCCACUCACAUGCAUCCACACUGGCAUCCAGCCCUGACCAGUUGGUUGGAGGGUGAUGUCGAUGAGACGUGACGGGGCCUUAUUAAUGCUCCGUGCUUGGACAGCUACAGGAGGGCGACUCCUUGGGUAAAUGGACCUGAUGCAGAUGCAUACUUUUGAGGCAUGUUCUCCUGCACAUGUUACAAAGACCUGACUGAAUGCUGAGGCUCGGGCCCACACACUUUUUCCAGUGGUUUCUGGCCUUGGCAGACCUUCACCCGCUGCAGCUACAAACCAGUGUCCAGACUCUGUCUCACAUGAGAAGUAUGACUUCAUGUAUGCUGAGGAAAAGGUUCAUGUGCUUCAGUCUACAUCCCCUCCACGCUUCUCUCAUCUUUCAGUCAGAUUUGACUGUAAAGAAUCAUCCAGAUACCUCAGCGUGUGCUCCUGAGUGAGGAGAUGUACAGCUCUGUGGCUUCUGCCGGUGUGAUUGGAAGGAUCAGUGAAAAUCGUACUCUGAGCCUCUAGAUGAUUCCGUCAGGACAAGGUGCGACGAGGAGCUGCAGAGGGCAUUGGACGCCAGCAGCAGUGACAUACAGAACAAGAGCAGACGAUGAUGAAGAGAAAAGACAGCGCCUCAGAUCUUCAUGUAUGUCUUUCAUCAAUUCCUUUAACACUACGUUGGGACUGGAACAGGAGUCUCCACAGAGACUGGGAGCUAGAACUUCUGAGGGAAGGGGUGAUGUGACGGUGGCAGCAGUGACCGCGGACCAACAAGGAGACAAGAAGAAGGAGAAGAAAAAGAAGGAGGAGGAGGAGAGAAAGGAGUGGUGGAGCGUUUUUACAUCCAGACAACGUCAGGGUUGUGCUCAGACCUGGAAGAUGUCGAGUCCACCCCCAGUCUGACCUGUGGUCACCGAGCUGCUGCACUGCAAGGAAAAAGGGGCUGCAUCUCCAGGAGGCUGAGUUUCAAGACUGACUGCAACAGGAACUGUGGCUCAGCCUGGAUCCAGAGAAACCUUCCAGUCUGGACCACGUGACUCGUCACUUUAAGCUGAGGCCACUGCAGGUUCACAAAGGUCACAGGUGGCUUCAUGUGGAGGCAAACAUCUCCAGAUGGAUGUCAGAGGACGGCUCUGUCAGAGGACGGGUCUGCGUUUCACAACACAACAGCGGUCAGAGGAAGAGGGCACUGCAGCCACGCAAUUCUGUCCACACGGACGAGGAAAGGGUGGGACAGAAUUGGAGCAGAAGGAGGAUGUGCAGACUUUUGAAGAACUGGGCUAAAACCUGGUUCCGCUAGAAAAUAACGCCAACGUAUCCAUUGUAACAUGGACUUCAGCAUGACCCUGGUGAUAACAUGAAGAUAGGUAUGGAGCUCAGUCCAAGUCUCACUAAAAUGACCGCAGCGCCUUUGCGCCUCUGCCUCCUCACCUUCGCCCUCCUCCAGAUGAGGAACGUGGCCUCCAUCGUUCUCCCCCCGGGCAGAGGGGCGGUGGAGAGGCAGCAGCGCGACCUAGAUCCGGACGAAGCUAGAACCGUGAGCCGGGAGCUGGACGCGCUGCUCCAUCUGAAAGACUCGUUGCGUGGUCCGGGCACUGCUCCGCAAAAGAAGGCACCGAAAUUCAUGUUGGAUCUUUUUAACGCGGUGUCGGUGACGGACGGAAGACCGAAAAGCCAGAAAGAAAUUUUGGAAGGAAACAUAGUUCGGAGUUUCGAGGAUAAAGGUCAAGCUGGAGAGAGAUUUCACUUCUUCAAUCUGUCGUCUUUCGGCAGAGAGGAGAGAAUGAUCAAGGCUGAGUUUCGUUGGUUCAGAAAGAAACAGAAGUUCUAUCUUGGAAAGUCAUAUAGGCCUCAUUUUUACAAGGUGGAUUUAUAUGAGGUACUUGACAGUAGAGUGAAACCAUGGAGAGGAAACCUCAUCACAUCCAGGUUGGUGCCACUCUACACCCAAGGAUGGGAAGUCUUCAACGUCACCCAGACUGUGGCCAAGUGGAUCCGUAACAGUCAGGAAAAUAACGGCAUCCUGGUGGUGACCACACUUCCUUCUGGUAACUGGAUGGAAUCGUCUGUGUCCACAUCCAAGCAGAACGGAGAGAUGAUGCACACAAACUCCUACCUGGUGAUAUUCUCAGAUGACGGCAGGACAGGAGCGUCCAACCAGUCGUACCUGGGUCAGGGUCGGCCUGUGGCGGCAGCACCACCACCACUUGAGCACCACAACCACCGCAACAGAAGACGACGGGCAUCUCCAGGCUCCUCUUCCUAUGGCCACUCCCAGCCCUGCCAGCGGGUUCCCCUCUUUGUGGAUUUUGAGGAGAUCGGCUGGUCAGGCUGGAUCAUCUCGCCCCGCGGAUACAACGCCUACCACUGCAAAGGCUCCUGUCCAUUCCCUCUGGGCGGCAGCCUCCGGGCCACUAACCACGCCACGGUGCGCUCCAUCAUGCACGCCCUCCGUCUCUCGGCCGAUGAAGUGGGCGCCCCCUGCUGCGUGCCUGACACAUUGCAGUCCAUCAGUUUGUUGUAUUUUGACGAUGAGGAAAAUGUGGUGUUGAAGCAAUACGACGACAUGGUAGCCCUCAGCUGUGGCUGUCACUAAAACUCUGUUAUUUUGUGCAAAUGUUUAAAUUAUUGUAUUAUUUUUUAGAAAUAAAAACAA